AACCAAACCAAACCCCAUCGUCUGUCGUCCGUCGUCUGCUGAACCAACUUUCAAGAAACCGGACCACAUGUUCGUCCUCGCCCUCCGCUGGCCAAUUCCUCCUCCAAACACGCUCGAAACUCCAGCUCUGGAUCGAGAUCUGCCUCCGCAUGACGAGCCACAAGACCGAGACUGGCCCGAUUUCCGUCGAGAUCACCGUCAUAUCGGCCCGCGGCCUCAAGAACCCGACCCUGAACGCCCUCUUCUCGCGGCGCCUCAACCCCUUCGCCACCCUCGCCGCCUCGCCGAGCAGCUGCCGCCAGGCCCACGCCACCAGCGUCGACCGCCGGGGGGGCACGAGCCCGACGUGGAACGAGAAGUUCCGGCUCUCCGUGGACCCGGCCUUCUUCGCCGACAUCCGCUCCUCCGUCAGCCUCGCCGUCCGCGCGCGGCGGCGAGGCGGCGGCGAGGCCCUGCUGGGCUGUUGCCAGAUCCCGGCCACGGACAUCCUCUCGCCGGCGGCGCCUGCGGGAUCCGUCGGGUUCCUGAGCUACCGGCUGAGGGACCGGGACGGGACGAGGGGCCACGGCACGGUGGACGUCUCGGUGAGGGUCGUGGUCGAGGACGGCUGGGCGAGCUGUGCGGACGCGUGGCCGACGGUGAUUGGCUUGCCGGUGGCGUCCUUCUGCGGGUGAUCACUGGAUCAGUACGAGACGGGGAGCUGUGGAGCGGGGCCCCCCCGACCUGAUCGAGCGGUCAGGAUGGGGUCCAUGAUUUGAUUUUUUUUUUUUCACUUUUUCUGUAAAAGAACAGUGAUUUGGUUUUGCUUUGUGAUGGAGAAUCGUCUUCCUUUUUUGUAAUUCUUUUUCGGUUUUAUCUUCUUCUUCUUCUUCUUUUUUGUUUAGAGAUUUGCUUUACACAACAAGUGAGUGUGAAAAAUCCUGCUCGCAAGAGUAUGAUCAAUCCUUUAAAGUUCUAGAUCUUUGAUUAUCGUAACAUAUUGGCCGUUAAAUGA